AUGGACUCCUCCAUUCGAUCACAAUACCUUGCAGAUAAACCUCCUACCGUCGUUCGUCUUGAGAUUGCACCACACUUCGAUGCCCUGAAUCCUAAGCAGAAGCGGUAUGCUCACCAUUUGAGCCGGGCUGCCUUCCUUGGCACUCGCGUCACCCUAGCACAAGUCUCCCCAGAAUCACCUGUCAUUUACGAUCUCAUACUAUCAUUACAUGCCGCUACUGGUGGAGACUACAAGGCACUGGCCAAGAAGACAUCAGUCUCCGAUGAAGAUGUAGCUUUUUGGCUUGAAUAUGCAACACAAUUUCUGGGAAAUGCAGGCAAUUACAAAGGCUUUGGCGACUCAAAGUUCAUCCCCAGAAUCUCACCAGCUGCACUGAAGAAACUGGCCGCGGUCGACCAAAACACUUCCAGCCUCUUUGAAAAGGCAGAAAGUACCGGUGGGGGAAUCUAUGAGACAAAGGACCCUGCGUUGAUGCAUCUAGGCUACCCGGAAGCCGGACACUUGACAGCCUAUUAUCCGGACUCCCCAACAAUCACGAAAGAGGAAAUCUCAAUUGUGGGAGAUGUGCUGGAGGAGAAAAAACUUCUGAUUGAGAACACAAGACUACGAAAAUUAGCGUCGGGAGAUUUCGAUCUACUCAUUGCCUCUGGCAUCACAAAUCCCCCCGCGUCAGAGAGAGAUCUAGGAGAUAUCUCUUCCUUGGACCUUACUGGCAAGUUAGCUGGUAAGAAGCUGAACCUCAUCUUUGGCGACUACCAAGAUGAGAUGGCCAAGAUUGCUCUUGAGUUUAAGAAAGCCAAGAAGGAUGCUGGCAACGAGAUCGAGGAGAAUAUGCUAGAUGAAUAUGCUCGAACAUUCGGCACGGGAAGUAUACAGGGCUUUGUGGAAUCUCAAAGAUGGUGGAUCAAAAACAAAAAGCCCACUGUCGAAACCGAUAUCGGAUUCGUGGAGACUUAUCGUGAUCCUCAAGGAGUUCGAGGAGAGUGGGAGGGUUUUGUUGCUAUGGUCAACCAAGAACGCACCCGAGCUUUUGGCAAGUUGGUGGACGCGGCUCCAAGUAUGAUACCAAAGCUACCAUGGGACAAGGCCUUUGAAAAAGACAAGUUUCUCAGCCCGGACUUUACCAGCCUGGAAGUCCUCACUUUCGCCGGCAGUGGCAUUCCUGCCGGAAUAAACAUUCCAAAUUAUGACUUCAUCAGACAGAAUGAGGGCUUCAAGAACGUCAGCCUGGGCAACGUUCUCAGCGCCAAAGCUCCAAAUGAGCCGAUCCCAUUUGUUCGGAAGGAAGAUGACCACCUCUAUCGCAAAUACCGGGACCCGGCCUUUGAAGUCCAGGUGGGGAUCCACGAACUUCUAGGCCAUGGUUGUGGCAAAUUAUUGCAAGAAACUGCUCCGGGAGAAUUCAAUUUCGACUCCAAGAAUCCUCCUACGAGCCCCAUCACGAAGAAGCCAAUCGAGUCGUGGUACAAGCCUGGUCAGACGUGGUCUAGUGUCUUCGGCUCCAUCGCUUCCUCCUAUGAAGAAUGCCGAGCAGAAUGCGUGGCUAUGGCAUUGGCCUGUGAUUUCGAAAUUCUUCAAAUUUUCGGUUUCGGUGACGGCAAGGAAGACAUCAGCAACGAAGCGGGCGACGUUCUCUACGUGUCCUACCUACAAAUGGCUCGAGCAGGUGUAGCGGCACUGGAGUACUGGGACCCGAAGUCGCGGAAAUGGGGCCAAGCUCAUAUGCAAGCGCGCUAUUCCAUUUUACGAGUCUUCCUCGAUGCUGGUGGCGACUUCUGCCAGAUUAAGUCCCCCAACGGCGACGCGAAGGAACCCGACGAUCUAGUCAUCUACCUGGACCGAAGCAAGAUUCUGUCCCACGGCCGACCCGCAGUAGAAACCUAUCUCCAAAAACUACACAUCUACAAAGCGACUGCAGACUUUGCGGCUGGUAAGAAACUCUACGACGACAUCACCAGCGUGGACGAGUGGUGGGCAGAAAAAGCGCGACCGCUUGUGUUGAAGCGGAAGACGCCGAGAAAGGUUUUCGUCCAGGCCAAUACCGUGCUCGAUGAGGAGACUGGUGAUGUCAAGUUGGUGGAGUACGAGCCCACGCUCGAAGGCAUGGUUCAAAGCUACUUCGAGCGGAACGUUUAA